AUGGCGGUGCGGGGCCUCCGUGCGGCGCUCGGGGCGGUGCGGCCACGCGGGAGGGGCUGCGCUGCGGGACUGAGAUCGGCCUCGAAGCCCUCCGAGCCCGGCCCUGAACCGGCGGGGCCCGUGACAGCGGCUCUCUACGUGCACUGGCCCUACUGCCGCAAGCACUGCUCCUACUGUAGCUUCAACAAGUACGUGGUGCCGGCUGUGGACGAGGCGGCCGUGCGUGCCUGUCUGGUGCGGGAGACGCAAACCCUGCUGCGCCUUGGCCAUGUGCAGAGCGUCACCUCCGUCUUCUUCGGUGGGGGCACCCCCAGCCUGGCCGCCCCGCACACCAUCGCCGCCGUGCUGGAGGCGGCUGCGGAGGUCGCUCAUUUCCCUGCUGGAGCCGAGGUGACGCUGGAGGCCAACCCCGGCUCCGCUGACCCCGCGCGCCUCGCUGGCUUCAGGGCGGCCGGCGUCAACCGCCUGUCCCUGGGCGUCCAGUCCCUGGACGACGCUGAGCUGCGGCUGCUGGGCCGGGAGCACACGGCGGCGGAGGCGCGGGCGGCGGCGGAGGCGGCACGGAAGCUCUUUCCUGGCCGCGUCUCCUUCGACCUCAUCUUUGGGCUGCCGGGGCAGAGCCGCGAGGCCUGGGCACGCGGCCUGGAGGCGGCGCUGGGGCUGUGUGACGACCACUUGGCCCUGUACCAGCUGACUCUGGAGCGGGGCACGGCGCUGGAGGCCCAGGUGCGGCGGGGGGUCCUGCCUGAGGCCCCCGAGGAGCUGCUGGCCGAUUUGUACCUGAGCGCCCGCGCCACGCUGGCGGCCGCCGGCUUCCACCAGUACGAGGUCUCCAAUUUUGCCAGGAAGGGCGCCCGCAGCACCCACAACCUCUCCUACUGGCGGGCCGAGCAGUACGUGGGCGUGGGGCCGGGGGCGCACGGCCGCUUCGUGCCGUGGGGAGAGGGCGGCCGCCUGCGCGAGGCACGCGUGCAGACGCCGCACCCUGACACGUGGAUGCGGGAGGUGCGGAGCUGCGGGCACGGCACCCGGCGGCGGGCGGCGCUGAGCCCGCUGGAGCUGCUGCAGGAGGUGCUGGCGCUGGGGCUGCGCACGGACGAGGGCGUCACGCAGCAGGUGAGCGCCUGCCGGCCGCGGGCACCUCGCCGAGGAGCCGCCGCUGACCGCCGAUCCCUCGCAGCGCUGGGGGCUCUUCUCCCCCCGCCUGAGCCUGGAGGCCGCGUUCGGGGCGUCGGGGGAGGCGAGAGAACUGCAGGAGCGGGGCUGGCUGCGGCUGAAUGGGCGGUGAGUACCGGGACGGCGGUGCGGGCUCGGUGCGGGGCGGUGCUCAGGCGCUGCCUUUACAGGGCGCUGCGCUGCACGCCCGCCGGGCUGCCCCUGCUGGACUCGCUGCUGCCCGUGCUGCUGUACCAACUGCGGCGUCGCUGGAACGCGGUGGAGGAGGAGGACGGCGGGGGACGGGGAUCGUGCUGAGGCCUCGCCGCGGCUGCGGGCAAGAAACGCCGUGAAACGCCGAUUGUGGGGCCGAGGGAACGGCGGAGCGCGCGGCGCGGCCCGGGUGCCGGAUGUUGCCGUCGUAGCUGCUGAAGAGUCAGAUAAUCUCAGUACCACCUCAUCGGGUUCGGACAGACACCAGAGCCGAGGGUCACAGAGCAACUUGCUUCGUUGAACACGUAGGGCAUAAAAUAGCAAUGAAGGCUACAACGAUGUAACCGUCCACAAA